UCUCAAAUCAUUCCACCAUGCCAUCCCUUAUGAAGCCAUACAAAACACUCCUAAAACUCAUCAAACUUCCAUACAAAAAACUCAUUGUCAUUAGAGCAUUUCACUUCCAAGGCCUAAACAAGAAAAGAGAGAAGAAGAGGUGGAGGUGGAGGAUUAGGAAGAGGAGUUACCAAAGAAGAAAACUCAAGUUUCUUUUAUCGGUGUUCGGAAGAAGAAGACCGGAGGAGAUGGAUGAAGUUGUGGAGCUUAUGAGCAUGACAGAGUUAAGAGAUCGAGGGCCGUGUUCUUCGCCGAUAACUCCGGCUUUGUUGAGGAUGAUGAAAGCAGAAGGUGGGAGAAAUAAUGAGGUGGAGGAAGCAUGUAGGAGCUUUGAGAAUUAUUUGGUGGAGAUGAUUGUGGAGGAAGGGAAGGUGAGGGAUUUGAUGGAUGUGGAAGAGCUUCUUUCUUGUUGGAAUAGCUUGAAGUCUCCUGUUUUUGUUGAUUUGGUUUCAAGGUUUUAUGGGGAGUUAUGCAAGGACUUGUUCUCUGAUAGAGGCAGUGGUGAUAAGUCUCUGGACUUGCUUCAAGAUCAUGCUUGAUUUUUAUUUAUUUUAGUGCUUUCUUGAAUAAUUUACAUUUAUAUAGAGAAUGGGUUUGAUUUUAUGUUUGUUUGAUGUUUUUUUAGUAAGUGAUGUGG